CCAUCGUCGUCGUCGUCGUCGUCGUCGUUGCUGUUGCUGGACUCUACCCAACAAAAAAAAAAAAGAAAAGCAAGGAAACCGUGAAGGAAAAAUCCAGCGAAAUUUUCACACUUUUAAAUGUUGUAAUUCGUGAAAUUCUGCUGUCCACAUACUGCUCUCUGUGUCGUGUUCCAAGUCUGUCGUUCUGUCGAAGGAAAGAAAAAGUUCCCGCGAAAGUUAGCCCCGCAAAUUAGAGAAAAUUCACCGCGCGACGACUUUGUGAAAAAAAGGAGAGGAAAAACAGGGAAAAACAGCAACACAACAUACAAAUCACCCACCCAAGAAAGAGGGCCAACCCAGCAAACGAAACGAAUCGAAACGAAAAAGGAUUAAUUAAAGAAACGUUGUUGAACAUUUAUUAUACAAAAAGUUUAUUUUUGCUGAGAAAUUGCAGUGUGUGGAAAAGUGCGUGUGAUUGUUCCCUUCCCUCUGCGGUGUGUAUUUUAAUCUGCGGAAUCUUUAAUUUUUUCAUCCCCCCACCAGCGCAAAAGAAACCACCCCCGAAAAGUUAGUUAAAAAAAAGCAAAGUUUGAGUGUCGUGUAAAUACGGUGAACGAAAGGAAAGCAAAGUUUUAGUUGUGAUUUUUUCUUUUUUUAAAAGAAACGCCUCGACGAAAAGAAAAGCAACAAGCGAAAAGUUUAGCGAAAUAAUCGAAGAAGCAAAAACCACCGCCUGCGGCCACGAGACAAAAAAAGAAGAAGGAAAGAAAGUUUUAAAAGUGUGUUUUUUUAAGUUCGUUUGGCUGUUCACAUACAAAAACACACACACACAUACACGUGACCACGCGAGAUAAGGAUCCGGAAGCAACAGCAAGAGCAAGAGCAGAAAAUAAAGCAAAAGAGAAUCUACAUUCGUCCUUAGAACAAACAUCGAAUUUUACCACAAGAUAAAAAAAAACACAAACAGAAACAAAGUCACAGAAACGAAUAAAUAAGCAAAAGCUGAAAUAAACCAAAACACACAAGAAGAGAAAGAGAAAAGGGAGAAAAGAAGGAAAGUGUUGCAAAGUGUACCGAAAGCUUUUUUGUUUUACCUCGUGCAUAAAAUGUUGAGCAUAUGAUAAGUAUACACACAAAGAAAAACGUUCUACAAAUUGUUGACACGUUACUAAUGAUUUAAGAAAACAAAACAAAAAACGUGAUAGUGCUUGAAGCAAAAACGAAAAACUUUAAAAGGACAACCCUACCGCAUCGCCGUGAAGGAAAUGGAUCGCUGAGGCACGACAAUCCGAGUCCUCGGAAAGUGAAAGCAGCAGCAGCAGAACCACGAUUUGUGAUCCACAACGACGUCCACACCGGGAGAAAUCGUCACCGUGAGUUCGUGAGUGUGAGAGCGUGAAACUAGGGUGGUUCUCCCCGCACUCUCUCUCUCCGCGCUCGGUUAAGUGUAAACCCUUCUCUCCACUCCACGUGGACCGACCCCCCCCCCCUCCUUCUUCGCACGCGAGAGAGAACCAACAAGAACUGCGGCAAAAAUGGGUGACGCCACGAACAACAAGAAGAUUCUGCAAAACAUUAAGAUGCCAGAGCAGAGCAACGACUACCGGGUGGUGGUGUUUGGGGCCGGUGGCGUCGGCAAGAGUUCCCUGGUCCUCCGGUUCAUCAAGGGAACGUUCCGCGAGAGCUACAUCCCGACCAUCGAGGACACCUACAGGCAGGUGAUUAGCUGCAAUAAGAACAUAUGCACACUGCAGAUCACCGAUACGACCGGGUCGCACCAGUUCCCAGCCAUGCAGCGGCUUUCCAUCACCAAGGGACAUGCCUUCAUCCUGGUGUACUCUGUGUGCUCGAAGCAGAGCCUGGAGGAGCUUAAGCCCAUCUGGAGCCUUAUCCGGGAGCUCAAGGGCGACGAAAUCUCGCAGAUUCCGGUCAUGCUGGUGGGCAACAAGUGCGACGAGCCGGAGGAGCUGCGCGAAGUGACCAACAUCGAGGGCCAAACCGAAGCUGCCACCUGGGGGAUCUCGUUCAUGGAGACCUCCGCCAAGGAGAACCACAACGUCACCGAGCUGUUCCAGGAGUUGCUAAACAUGGAAAAGAACCGAAACGUGUCCCUGCAGCUCGACGGCAAAAACAAGAAGAAAAAGGAAAAGAAAAUGCUAAAGGAAAAGGCCAAGGAGGAGAAGCUUCUCAAGGAAAAGAAGGAAAAGGCGAAACAGCAAGCCAAGGAGAAGGAAAAACAAACAGCAAAAGAGGCAAAGGAGGCGAAGAAAAAGGAGGAACCCAAGGACAAGGCAGCGAACGGAACCAACGCCAAGGGCGGCAAGGACAAGGACAAGGACGGGGCGGCCGGAGCCGCGGCGGGAGCCGAGGGCGAAGCCAGCGGAACGCUGAAGGAAAAGUGCAAAGUGAUGUAAUGCAAUGUUGAUGUGGUGCACUCGAAACAAAACACACACUAACACACUCUCUCUCACACACACACAGACUUACACAGAACACAGAACAAUAACUUAACAAAAACACAACACGAAACAACUUCUAUCGAACGAAAAUAAACAAAAAAAAAAUCAACAAGCAAACAACAAGAACAACAAAAAAAUCGAAUAAAAUCGAAAUCGUAAAAAAAGCAAAGCUAAGCAAAAAAGGUUAAAAACAAAUCGAAGAAAGGAAAAGGGACAUACACAUUAUCAGGUUUUAAAUCGAUUUUAGACGCUAAAAAACACACACAAACACAAACUUAAUUGAUUAAACCAACAAAAGAGAAUAAAAAAACACAAGCGGAAGAAUGAUCAGAAAAAUGAUAUUAUACAACAUAAUUAUAUUUAUAUAUACCGAAAACAAAAAAAAUAUUAUGUACAUAUGAUAGUGCUAAUUUAAAAUUAUAAUGCAACGUAGAAACAAGCAGACGCUUAUACUUCAUGAUAUGCCAUUAAAAAUCACUAGCAAAUAUAGCAAAUUAUUAUAUAUUUUGCUUCGAUAAUUCAAUAAAUUUGAAUAAAUCGUUAAAUUAAAAACCAGCACAACUCAAA